CGGAGCUGGGCUGGGAACCGGGGCCGCCCCGCCAUGGGCAACGCGGCCGGGGGGCUGGAGGGGGGCGCGGCCCCGCGGGAGCCCCGCGACCACCGCCCGCAGCCCAGGGCCGCCCCCGCCGCCGCCGCGCCGCCUCCCCCCCGGGAGCCCAUGCCCGGCAACGCCGAGCUGGAGGAGCGAUUCGGCCGCGUCCUGAAUUCCAUGAACCUGCCCCCGGACAAGAUGAAGCUGCUCAACCAGUACGACAACGAGAAGAAGUGGGAGCUGAUCUGUGACCAGGAGCGUUUCCAGGUGAAGAACCCUCCAUCCGCCUACAUCCAGAAGCUGAAGAGCUACUUGGACACGGGUGGGGUCAGCAGGAAGUUCAAGAGGAGGGUGCAGGAGUCCACGCAGGUGCUGCGGGAGCUGGAGAUCUCCCUGAGGACCAACUACAUCGGAUGGGUCCAGGAGUUCCUCAACGAGGAGAACAAGGGGCUGGACGUGCUGCUGGAGUACCUCGCCUUCGCCCAGUGCUCCGUCGCGUACGACAUGGAGAGCUCAGAGAACAGCCCCGGCUCUGACAAGGGCAAGGAGAGGUCUCUGGAGGACCUGAACAGGAGCAGCUCCUCGUCCCCCACGCAGGGCUCCUCCAAGCCGCGGCCCCUCACUGUAAGCUGCUGCCUCUCGAACCAGCACCUGCACACCCUCCUCCUCCGCCACGUCCACCCCUGCGGUGCCCCGGGCAGCGAUGGGGACAGUGCCCCCAGGUCACCCGGCAGCUCCGGCCCGCCCCGGCUGAACCCCUCGCACAGCAGGAAGACGCUGCGCAACUCGCGGCUCGUCAGCCAGAAGGACGAUGUCCAUGUGUGCAUCAUGUGCCUCCGCGCCAUCAUGAACUACCAGUCUGGCUUCAGCCUGGUGAUGAACCACCCGGCCUGCGUCAACGAGAUCACCCUGAGCCUCAACAACAAGAGCGCCAGGACCAAGGCUCUGGUGCUGGAGCUGCUGGCCGCUGUCUGCCUGGUCCGAGGGGGACACGACAUCAUCCUGGCUGCCUUUGACAACUUCAAGGAGGUCUGCGGGGAGAAGAAUCGCUUCGAGAAGCUGAUGGAGUAUUUCAGAAAUGAGGACUCCAACAUUGACUUCAUGGUGGCCUGCAUGCAGUUCAUCAACAUCGUGGUGCACUCGGUGGAGAACAUGAACUUCCGAGUGUUCCUGCAGUACGAGUUCACCCACCUGGGGCUGGACCAGUACCUGGAGACCCUGCGCCUCACCGAGAGCGACAAGCUGCAGGUGCAGAUCCAAGCCUACCUGGACAACGUCUUCGACGUGGGGGCCAUGCUGGAGGACUCGGAGACCAAGACGGCGGUGCUGGAGCACAUGGAGGAGCUGCAGGAGCACGUCAGCCAGCUGACAGAGAAGCUGCAGGAUGCGGAGAACGACUCCAUGGCCAAGAUAGCGGAGCUGGAGAAGCAGCUGAGCCAGGCGCGGCGGGAGCUGGAGGAGCUGCGGGAGCAGCUGAGCCCGCCGCGGCCGCCCAGCCCGCCGUGCCCGCAGCCGCAGGAGUGUUACCGGCUGGCGCUGGAGCGGCGGCUGGCGGAGCUCGAGGAGAAGGGGCUGGUGCAGAUCCUGCGUGGGCCCGACGGAGACGUCGCCAUCGAGAUUGUCCCCGUUGUCAUAGAAACCCCCGCAACGCCCGUGGUUUCCGGGGACAGCACUGCCGCCACCACCCCAGAUGCUCCGGCUCCGGCCCCUCCGCCCCCACCCCCCCCGCCUCCCCCGCCCCCCCCACCCCUACCGGGGGCUGAUCCCAUCCCCCCCCCACCCCCCGCCCCCCCCCUGCCCGCGGGCACCCCCGCCCCUCCCCCAGCCCCCCCCCUGCCCGGUGCCCCGGUGCCACCGCCCCCCCCACCGCUCCCGGGGGCACCGGAGGGCCCCGUGCCCCCCCCUCCGCCACCCCCUCCCCUCGGUGGGGAACCCCCAGCCGGGCCGGGAGCCCCCUCCAGCACCAAUGGUUCAGUGAAGGUGAAGAAGCCGAUCCAGACCAAGUUCCGCAUGCCCGUCUUCAACUGGGUGGCGCUGAAGCCGAGCCAGAUCGACGGCACCGUGUUCACGGAGCUCAACGAUGAGAAAGUGCUGCAGGAGCUGGACAUGAGUGACUUUGAGGAGCAGUUCAAGACCAAGGCUCAGGGCCCUGCCCUGGACAUCAGUGCCCUCAAGGCCAAGGCCACGCAGAAGGCGCCCAGCAAGGUGACCCUGAUGGAGUCCAACCGUGCCAAGAACUUGGCCAUCACCCUGCGCAAGGGCGGCCGCAGCGUCCAGGACAUCUGCACGGCCAUCGAGACGUACGACCAGCAAGCCCUGAGCCUCGACUUCCUGGAGCUGCUGCUGCGCUUCCUGCCCACCGAGUACGAGCGCAGCCUCAUCGGGAAGUUCGAGCGGGAGCAGCAGGCGCCGGAGGAGCUGUCGGACGAGGAUCAGUUCAUGGUGCGCUUCAGCAAGAUCCCGCGGCUGGCCGAGCGCAUGAACGUCAUGAUCUUCCUGGGCAGCUUCGGGGACACGGCCCAGCUGCUGAUGCCGCAACUCAACGCCAUCAUCGCCGCCUCCAUGUCCCUCAAGUCCUCCAGCAAACUGCGGCACAUCCUCGAGAUCGUGCUGGCCUUCGGGAAUUACAUGAACAGCAGCAAGAGAGGAGCUGCCUAUGGAUUCCGUCUGCAGAGCCUUGACGCGCUGCUCGAGAUGAAGUCCACAGACCGCAAGCAGACGCUGCUGCACUACCUGGUGCGGGUGAUCAUGGAGAAGUACCCGGAGCUCACCGGCUUCCACACCGAGCUGCACUUCCUCGACAAGGCGGGCACAGUGUCCCUGGACGGGGUCCUGCAGGACGUGCGGAGCCUGCAGCAGGGCAUGGAGCUGACCCGCAGGGAGUUCAUGCGGCAGGACGACAGCCCCGUGCUCAAGGACUUCCUCAAGGUCAACUCCGAGGUGAUGGAGAAGCUGCAGGCUGACAGCAAAACCGCCAAGGAAGCCUAUGAGUCAGCUGUGGAAUAUUUCGGGGAGAACCCCAAGACCAGUCCCCCCACCACCUUCUUCCCCAUGUUCAUGCGCUUCAUCAAAGCCUACAAGAAAGCAGAGCAGGACAUUGAGCUGUGGAAGAAGCAGGAGGCUGCAGCCAAGGAGGCAGAAUCCGGCUCCCCUGGCAGCGAGCAGCAGCCCGAGCUGCCUGUCCAGAAGGCCAGGAGGCAGCAGAUGGACAUGAUAGCUGAGCUGAAGAAGAGGCAGAUGGUGAAGGAGCCGCUCAUCUACGAAGGCAAAGAUGGGGCCAUCGAGGAUAUAAUUUCAGCUCUCAAAACUGUUCCUUUCACGGCCCGGACGGGCAAACGCUCGUCCCGGCUCUUCUGCGACGUGAGCUUCAACGAGGAGAGUCCUCUGUAGAUCUGCGGAACAACCCGUACCGGCGGGGGGACAAGGCCCGCGGCAGCGCCAAGAAGCGGGCGGCGGGGCAGAGCCUGCAGGCGACGCCGGACAUGGCGCUGUGACCGGCGCCGUCCCUGCAGCGGCAGCACCGGGCCAGCACCGUCCUCCCGACACGGAUGGGACCGCAGGGUGUCGGUCCCUGUGCCCGGGGCUCGGCGGGAUGGACAGACAGUGCCAGCUCCGAGCUGCUCCAGCCGCUUGAUGUGCCAGCUCUGCUGGGCACAGCACCCCCGGCGCUUGCUUGGCCGCGUCCCUGAGCUCCUCUCCGCAGCCGGGCGGGUCGUCCUGGCUACAGGGAAGCACAGAAAGGGCUCCAGCUUGUCCUGGAAGGAAAAGAGAGGCUGUCCCAUCCCGACCCCGGCCCUGUGUCCUUGUCCCACGCUGCGGGAGGGGAGGGGGUGUCAGCCAGGGACACAGCGCUCCCCGCACAUCUCAUCUCAUCUCACACCUCACAUCUCACAUCUCAUCCUCCCCGGCCCGCAGAGCCCCCCAGAGCCGCGUUCCCAGCCCGGGCACCUCCCAGAGCCAGGGGCUGGCAGCGGUGCUAUUGUACAGCAUUUUAUAAAGUCUUCCUUCGAAUUUCUCCGCGCUGCGGCAGCGGGGAUUGGAACACCCCCACGCAGGGCGGCCCCAGCGCUGCGGAGGCUCCGGAGCUGCGACACCAGCAGCAGGGACAAAUUUCCCUGCGAGGUGGUGGCAUCUCCAUCCACCUGCAUGCCCGUCAUCCUUCGGGAUGAAUUGGGACUGUCAGCUUUGUGGGGCUCCCCGUUUUCUCGGUGGGACUCUCAGGAGAUGCCGCAGCCCCAGUCCCUGCUGCCGCCUGCAGAAGCGGCCCCGGAGCCGCACGAACCUCUCGGUACCGGCCCGGACCCGGCUCUCCCUCCCUGCCCGGCCCCGCUGCUGCUCAAUAACCCCGCAGUGCCGUAGUUAAACCUCUCCUGGUGCAUUCACCCCGCUCCUCCCUCCUCCUGGCCCGUCCUUCCUCGCUUCAGCCGCAGCAGCCGCUCCUUCCUGCUGUAUUUAAGCUGCUUCAGCGCCGGCUCCGUGUCCGGGGAGGGAUGGGAAAUGAAUGUGUAACUUAUAAAUGCCUUUAAGCCAGAAAUGUAAACCAUUAACUGCUCAUUUGUAUACAUUAUUUUUAUAUACUGAAGGCCUGUUUAAUCUAAAGCACAACUGUAAUAAAAACGUCAGAGUUCAUGAAG